UGAAUAUAUAUGCACACAAUCAAGCAAAUAAUUCACAAAAUUCGUGCUAUAAAAUGAUUUGUUUAUUUGUCAGUGGCCAAAAAACUGUUUAACUAACUUACUAAGCCGUUAAGUCAAUAAGCUGUUGCCUGUCAGCUCCAGUCGCACGAUCGACUGUAAUUGUGCCGCUACACUCAACUUCUUUUUCCAUGUAAAUCAGUGUAAAAGUGCAGUGCUAAAUAACCAAAAAAAAAGAAAUAAGUAAAGAAAAAAUAAUAAAAACGACGCUUUUUAUCGAAAAAUUUACUUAAGUUAAACACACAGUAUGGAUAAUCAAGCAGUCUCGGCGCUCUGGUCCUGUGCCAGUGCCACCUGCCUGUCCCUGGAUGCCAAACGCCACAGCAUAGAGCCCAACCCGGACGGCCAGGCGUCGCCUGAUGUCAACAACAAUAACAACAACCACAACAAAUCAACAACGACAGUCGAUGCACAUUCACGAAAGCUCCGGCACAUUGCGCAUACGCCGCGUGGUAGCUGUUUUAUGGCAUUGUUAUUGCUAUUGCUGCUGGCGCUGAACUUCAGGCACGCGCAUAGCUGCGGUCCAGGCCGGGGCCUUGGACGACGACGAGAACGUAAUCUUUUUCCGUUGGUGUUGAAGCAAACUGUGCCAAAUUUAUCUGAAUAUCAUAACAGCGCCUCCGGCCCGCUCGAGGGCGCCAUUCAGCGCGAUUCGCCGAAAUUUAAGAAUCUAGUACUAAACUACAAUAGGGAUAUAGAAUUCAGAGACGAGGAGGGCACCGGCGCCGAUCGUGUAAUGUCCAAGCGCUGCAGAGAGAAGCUGAAUAUGCUGGCCUACUCUGUGAUGAACGAAUGGCCUGGCGUUCGCCUGCGGGUCACCGAAAGCUGGGACGAGGAUCGUCAGCAUGGCCAGGAGUCGCUGCACUACGAGGGCCGUGCAGUCACCAUUGCCACCUCGGAUCACGAUCAAUCCAAAUACGGCAUGCUGGCACGCCUGGCCGUCGAGGCCGGCUUCGAUUGGGUGUCUUAUGUCAGUCGAAGGCACAUCUACUGCUCUGUCAAAUCAGAUUCCUCGCCUUCCAUUUCCCAUAUGCAUGGCUGCUUCACGCCCGAGAGCACAGCGUUGCUGGAGAGCGGCGCAGAGAAGGCGCUGGGCGAGCUCGCCAUUGGUGAUCGUGUGCUGAGCAUGGAUGUCAAGGGCCAGCCGGUCUACAGUGAGGUGAUACUCUUCAUGGAUCGCAAUCUGGAGCAGGUGGAGAACUUUGUGCAGCUGCACACGGAUGGCGGCGCCGUGCUAACCGUGACGCCAGCGCAUUUGAUAUCCGUCUGGCAGCCGGAACGGCAAACGCUCAACUUUAUCUUUGCGGAUCGUGUCGAGGAGCUGGACUAUGUGCUGGUGCGCGAUGCCACGGGCGCACUGCAGCCGCAGCGCGUGCUCCGGCUGGGCAGCGUGCAAAGCCGUGGCGUUGUGGCGCCACUCACACGCGAGGGCACCAUUGUGGUCAACUCUGUGGCAGCCUCCUGCUAUGCCGUCAUCAGCAGCCAAUCGCUGGCGCACUGGGGCUUGGCGCCCAUGCGACUGUUGUCCACGCUGCAGUCCUGGAUGCCAGCCAAGGGUCAGCUGCGCACAGCGCAGGACAAGUCAACGCCAAAGGAUGCCACAGCGCAGCAACAGAAUGGAUUGCACUGGUAUGCCAAUGCCUUGUACAAGGUGAAGGACUAUGUGCUUCCCAAGAGCUGGCGUCAUGACUAGGCGACGCACACCCACACACACACACAGAGAGAGACAUAUACUUAAAACAUAUUUGCAGUUCCACAUGCUGGCGUAGACGUCAAACUUAUUGUAAUAUAUUUUGUAGUUAUGUAUGUACUAUAUGCCUAAAAAUGAUUGUAUUUCAAUGUUAAUUAUGAUUAAUGCUGAUCAAUACUAUUUAUUUAAAAUAUCUUUGACCUUUUGUAAACGAACAUUUAGCUAUAAGUAGGCAAUCCCUUGGCAGAGAUCCGAAAGCCCCAAACCAAUUCUUAAAGCGACGAUCAUCACGACUGUUGUAUAUUUUUAAAAAUAAUAAU